AUGUUAUUACCCGGCGUUGGCAUCCCGUCUUGGGGACGUUUGCUACUGUUAUUGAUAUUUUUGACUGUGUCGGAGUCCAGACAUUCGGAAACCUGCCCUGGGCUAAUAUCAACUGGCUGUAGUUGCUCUGAGGAACGCUCCAAGUCCCACUCUUCGCCGGCUCCACGGAAAAAAGUGAGCUGCGUCGGAGAGGAACUUACGGAAACUCCUGAACCCAGCCUUCUCCCUAACCACACCGUCACGCUGAUUCUGACCAACAACCGAAUCAGAGCGCUGAGGAAUGGAUCAUUCAGUGGGCUCUUCGCGCUGGAGAAACUGGACCUCAGGAAUAACUUAAUCAGCACCAUCAUGCCUGGAACUUUUCUCAGUCUGACCGCCCUCAGAAAGCUCGACCUGUCGAACAACCGCAUUGGCUGCCUGUCUUCACACAUGUUCCAAGGCCUCACCAACCUCACCAAACUAAACCUCUCAGACAAUAUCUUCGCUUCCCUGGAACCCACCGUCUUCCAGGAGCUGCCUUCCCUCAAACUUGUGAAUUUUAACUCGGAGUUCCUGACGUGUGACUGCGGCCUGCGGUGGGUUCCGGGAUUCUUCCGCUCGAGUUCGGCCCGCAUCGGAGACGAAACUCUGUGUGCCUAUCCCAGAAUCCUCCACGGCAAACCUCUGAAAAGCCUGUCGGAGAGCCAGCUAAGCUGUGACGGACCUCUGGAGCUGCAUACCCUGUCCCUCCUGCCCUCUCUGAGGCAGGUCGUGUUUAAGGGAGACAGGCUGCCUUUCCACUGCACCGCCGCCCUGGUAGACAAACUCACCGCUCUGCACUGGCGACAUAACGGCCUGCCCAUCGUCAAUGACCCCGAGCAUGGAAUAUACCUGGAAAACAGCGUUCUGCACGACUGCACCUUCAUCACCAGUGAGCUGAUCCUGUCCAACGUGCACGUGGACGCAACCGGCGAGUGGGAGUGUGUUGUGUCCACGGGCCGAGGGAACACCUCACGCAGUGUGGAGAUCGUCGUGCUGGAGAACAGUGCCUCGUUCUGUCCGGAGGAGAGAGUCAGCAACAACAGAGGAGAGUUUAAGUGGCCGAGGACUUUGGCUGGCAUCACUUCAUACCAGUUUUGCCUGCAGCUACGAUACCCCUCCCUGGCAGUAGGGGGCGGUGUGGAGCAGAAGAGAGCGUCACGCUACUGUGACCGUUCAGGGCACUGGGAAGAAGGAGACUACUCUCAGUGUCUCUACACCAACGACAUCACCAGGGUUCUCCACACGUUUAUAUUGAUGCCAAUCAACGCCUCGAACGCGGUAACGCUGGCACACCAGGUGCGGACAUACACGCUGGAGGCCGCAGGGUUCACUGACACUGUAGAUGUGCUCUACGUUGCCCAGAUGAUGCAGAAAUUUAUGAAUUAUGUCAGACAACUACGAGAGCUGUCAGAGGUGCUGGUGGAGAUGGGCAGUAACCUGAUGCAGGUGGAUGAUCAGAUCCUAACGCGCGCCCAGAGAGAGGAGAGGGCAUGCAGCUCCAUCGUCCACUCUCUGGAGACCCUCGCCUGGCCCCAGCUUCAUUCCCACGCUCAGGACCUCUCCAUGAGCUCUCGAAACAUCGUUAUAGAGGCUCAUCUAAUCCGCCCCGCCCACUUCACCGGCAUGACCUGCACAGCCUAUCAGAGACGAGAAGGGUCAGGAGUCAGUGUUGGCGUGGACGGGCUAGACUCCGCCCACGAGCAGCAGCUGCGUUUUCGUUGCACCACCGGAGCUCACAACGUUUCUCUGAACGCCUUUCCGUUAAAGAAUGCCUUAGCGCUGGCAUCUGUCUCUCUCCCUGCCUCUCUGUUCCCCCCAGACGCUCCCCCGGAUUGUAAACUGCAGUUUGUGGCGUUCCGAACUGGACGGUUUUUUCCCUUCAGCGGGAACGCCAGCAGUGCGUCAGACCAGAACCGCAGACGCAGUGUUAACUCGCCUGUCAUUUACGUGGGCCUUGACGGGUGCAGCAUGUGGAACCGCUCGGAGCCCGUCUCCGUGUCCCUGCGUCACUUGGCGCCCGGCAGUGACCCUGUGCCCGCCCACUGGAGCCUCCAGGCUCUGCAACAGCAGGGCGGCUGGAGCCAAGAUGGCUGCCAGUUGGCUCACAACGACUCGUCCAUUUCUACCUUACGCUGUUCCGUACUGAGCAACUACGCCGUGCUCCAGGAGGUGCCUGAAUUCCCUGGUCCAUCUCCUGUUACAGUGGAGAUGCUCCACCCUGUGGUGUACACCUGUACUGCAGUACUGCUCCUCUGCCUUUUCACCAUCAUCAUUACACACAUCCUGCAUCACAGCUCUAUCAGGAUAUCCAGAAAGAGUUGGCACACCCUUCUCAACACCUGCUUCCACAUCGCCAUGACAACAGCUGUCUAUGCCGGGGGCAUCACUCUGACCAGUUACCCAAUAGUAUGCCAGGCGGUGGGCAUUGCUCUACACUAUUCCUCCUUGUCCUCCCUUCUUUGGAUCGGAGUCAGUGCCAGGGUCAUCUACAAAGAAGCGGUCUGGCGAUUGCCACGGCAACCGGAGGGAGAGCCCGCAGUGCUGCCCGCUCAGAGGCCCAUGCUCAGGUUUUAUUUAAUAGCUGAUGGAGUUCCUCUCAUAAUCUGCGGAAUCACUGCAGCUGUCAACGUCAGUAACUAUGGCGACAACAGCCCUUACUGCUGGUUGGUGUGGCGGCCGAGUUUAGGGGCGUUCUUUGUUCCCGCCGGACUGGUGAUACUGGUGACCUGGAUCUACUUCCUGUGCACAAUCGUUCGCCUCAGGGAGCGAACCUCCCAGCGUUCCAAAGAACCCCCUUGUCCGUCCGCGACGUUAUCUCCCUCUCCCGAAAGCCAGCCGGCCCUCAGUGGCAGCACCAGCCUGCUCUCUACGGACUCUGUGGUGGGCACAAUGCACGCUGGGAUGCCUGUGGAGGACCAGUACUCGUUGAAGGUUCAGUUUCUGGUGUUGGUGAGCACCCACAUCCUGUUUUUGGCGAUGUGGAUCUUCGGCGCCAUGGCAGUGUGGCAGUCUGGCAGACAGAGCCUGCUGUUUAGCUGCCUGUAUGGUGUUGUGGCCAAAACGCUAGGAGUGUUCCUUGUGGUGCACCACUGCUUGAGGCGACUAGAUGUGCAGGCUUCCUGGCUGGGGUGUUGCCCAAGGUACAGGCGCUCUCAGCCCAUGCCUGCCUACACGCACCCCUGCACGGCCACAGCCGGGGUCCAAAGCUCCUCCGAAAGGGGGUCCCAGCUCUUCAUCGGUUGCCAUCCCCCGGCGGAGGGCAACAACUACUCCUCGGCCAGGUCAUCCUCCACGCCCAGCGGCACCAGCAGCAUCGGACCCGGGCCGUGCAAGCUCACCAACCUGCUCCAGGUGGCACAGGACAAUGCCAAUAACGCCACGCGGGCACCAGCAGGCACCAACACCAACACCAGCACCAGUACAGAGAACACUACCAACCCCAAGCCCACUAACAACCUGUUGUCCGCCCACAGCGGCUCGGCGCCCGCCCAGCAGGGCCAGAGGAGGAAGGCGAGCAGCCGGACUAAAUCCGGCAGCACCCAGCACCAUCACCGAGGGGAGGGCAGGGGACAUUACCGCCUUAAAGCCCUGAGAGGGGGCGGGGGAGGGGGCAGCGUGGGUGCGCUAGGACCUCCUGGGUUGGAGCAGAUCAACUCCCAUCACCUGAGCCACAAACACGCCUCCAGCGAGAACGGAAGCCUCCGCAACAGCCAGUCUGAAAGCCACACGGGUCCGCUGACCAAUGGGAGGCAUGGGGGUGAGCCGUUGGCCACCAGCCUCUCAGAGGGCAGCGACGGUGGCAGCAGCGGGAGCAGGAAGCCUUUCCCGCUGUUGCCGUCGGUAGCCAGCAGGGUUGCCAUGCAACAGAGCACUCAGAGACGCAGCGCAAGUAGGGACAACCUCAAACUGGCAGCCUCCUCCACCGAAACGGAUACCAAACGGUGUUCCUUCCCCCUGAACACUGCCGCCGGGACGGCAACCGGGUCCGCCUCGACGACGGCGACGGCGACGGCCGCACCAAACGGGACGAUAAAGAGUUCCGUGAUCGAGCUGGACACGAGCGGGACGGACCAUUCGCAGGGCUCCGUGGGCAUGAGGAGUGGCGUGUGGAAAAGCGAAACAACAGUUUGAUGAUUGGAUUGGUCAGUCUGUGCAGGAGCAGAACUUUCCGGAAACUUACCUCACCGGGCAGCGGGCCAGGCAGCCCAAGUGUGUUGAGGAGUCUGUUGCCUUGAAGUUCCUUUGUGU